UUAGUUACCAUCUUGGCUGGGAUGUGAUGGUACAAAGAUUCUGGGCGUGAAUGUAGAAUAAAACCAUAGUCGAGGCCAUGUAUCCAUCCAUUGUCUGCUGCACCAUUUCAAAUAAGGACAGGGUAAGACAAUGGCUCUCCUCCACUGCUUGCUGGGUGUCCUAGCCCUCACGGCAACAGUUCCAUCUGUACUUGGUUUAGGCUGUCCUGCGACAUGGUACCACAUCGGAGACAAGUGUUUCCAGCUUGUUACGGAUACCCCUGCAGUAUGGACAGCGGCUAAUGCACAGUGUAAGGCUAAUGAUGCCAGAGCUACACUUGCAGUGGUUAAUGACUACAUCACACAAGCUGUUAUCGUGAGCUUGAUGAAAGGCGUCAGUGGGGAUGUUUACAUCGGUCUUCGUAAAACGCCGGAAAAUCCCUCAUUCCAGUAUCCAAAUGGAGAGAUUUAUUCGUACCAGCGAUGGGCCGUUAACGAACCUGAUGGCAACGUUUACCUGACAAACAAGGAAUUUUGUGUAGUCUUGGAUAAUAGCAACUAUCAGUUACCUGGUCGCUGGUAUGAUGUGCCCUGCUCAGAAUCCCACUUGUUCAUCUGCAGUAUGCCUCUAGAUCCGGAUUCAGACACCAACUAUCCCCAACCAGGUGUGCAGUGCCUGACUAACUUUGCGGCGUACGGGACGUCGUGCUUCGGUGUGUUCGGAGAGACGGAUUUGGAUUCCAAGACAUUCGACGAAGCGCAGUUAGAGUGUAACAAAUAUGCUGGUUCAUCAGAUUUGGAUGUGAGCCUAGCGACCCUCGUCGAUGGAUAUGACUCCGCGUUGUUGAACGUCAUAAUGUAUGCUAAGAAUGUUGACUCUGCAUGGAUUGGUUUCAAGAAAGGAUCAGAGGGUGCUUUCGAAUGGCAAAGUGGCUACCCAGUAGUGUACACCAACUGGGGCCCUGAUGAGCCCAGUGGCGGGUCGGGAGAAGGAUGCGUCAAGGAAAACAAAGAGGGCUUUUGGGAUGAAACCACCUGCCUUGACAAGUCAGCGUAUGUUUGCAGAUAUGACUUCCCACAUCUUCUAGUUCCAACUUCACCCCCUGACAUUGAUACCCCAUGUCCUACUGAUGCUAGUUGGGUAUCCUUUGGCUCCUACUGUUACUUAUUCCCCAGUACUGAAGCCCAGUGGGGUGAAGCCAACUUCAAUUGUAUGCAAGAACAUGGUGCUUCCCUUGUGAGCAUCUCUUCAGUAUCGGAGAAUCAGUUUGUUUAUUCAAACUCUAGACAUCCAUCAGGAACUGACAACUACAUGUGGAUUGGGCUGACGAGACAGCAGAAUACAGCAGGGGAUUGGGGAACGUUUGGUUGGGUUGAUGAAUCCGUGUACAAUUACGCCUUGUGGACCAAAGGAGAGCCAGACGGGAACAGAGAGGGCGCUCUGGAAUUCUGCACCGCUAUGUCCACGGCCUCUGGGGGAGCGUGGAAAGAUGAUGUAUGCUAUACUAAGUAUCAGUAUGCUUGUAAACUGAGAAAACAAUCUGGGGGAGGUUACAAAUCAACACAAUGCGUCGGUGACACAGAGAAUCAACUAGUAGCUGAGGGCAACUUUUGCUACCUUCCUAGUAUGGCGCUCGUCUCUCCCAGACGUGCCACCUGGAAUGAAGCAGAGAACGCAUGUAGGUCCAAAGGUGCUUACCUGGUGUCGAUCCAAAGUGAUGAGGAGCAGAGCUUAGUCAGCAAGCUGGCCUACGGCUUAACCCAGAGCUAUUGGAUUGGUCUGAGAGAAAAGCAGCAAUCUGGAGAGUUUUUGUGGAGUGAUGGAUACGCUGGUGAUUAUAAGAACUUUCCGGAAGAAGGGCCGGGGGAUUUGAAGGGAGAGGAACAGUGUACGGAUCUGCUCGUUUGGAAAGAGGGACAGUGGGGAACAUCAGCAUGUGGAAACAUCCUUCCCUUCAUAUGCAAGAGAGAGAACAAGGCAGUCACCGUUAUCAAUCCCCUUCCUGGACUUCCGACCACGGGGAACUGCCCCAAAAACUACUUCAAACUAGGCUCCAAGUGUUUCAUUCUGAAAGGUGUUCAAGACAACGAGCGAAAAAAUUGGAUCGACGCCAGGGAUGAUUGCCAGAAGCAGAGUGGAGGAACUCUCGCUACUAUUUCUAAUUAUGGUGAACAAGCCAUCUUGACCUCAAUCAUCAAAGUUUUGGAGCGUGAGAUGGACAUGUGGAUUGGGUUGAACAGCAUCGGUAUCCACUACCAGUACCAUUGGACCGACGAGACUCCAUUAGACUUCACUCAGUGGAUGGAAGGUGCUCCGGACAGCUUCCAGCCGAUCGAUGACCCUGACUCCAAUACGUGCGUGGUCAUGAUGAACGCUGCUGAAUCUGCCGGUUUAUGGAAUGACGUACAGUGCUCUAUUGAAAGAGCUUACCUCUGCCAGGCACCAGUAGAUCCAAGCAAUCCCAACACUCCUGCACCAAUUCCUCCAGGCAGUUGUCCCAAUUCCAAAUUCACCUCCUAUUUUGAUACCUGUUUGAAUGCAGAGACCUCUAUGAUGUCGUUUGACGAUGCUAGAAAGAAAUGUAAAGAUGCCGGCGCUGACUUAAUCUCAACCUAUGAUCAGUACGAGGUGGCGUUCCUUGCUGCAUCUCUGUAUCAAGAUGGGCUGGAACCAGAUGGUGAAGGAUGGAUUGGAUUAAAACGCAACAAGGACACUGGUGUUUUUGAAUGGGUGGACAAUUGGCCACUAACCUUCACUAAAUGGGACAACGAUGAACCAAAUAAUAACAACGGAGACUGUGUAGCUGUGGAUAGGAGGGGCAAAUGGGCCGUACGAGAUUGCAGCGCGAAAAAAUACUCCUUCUGCGAGUAUCCUAACAUUAAACCCACUAAGGCCCCAAAGGUGAGCCGAGAUGGUUGCCUAAGGAACUACGUCGCCCUCCCCGACAGUGAUUUCUGCUACAACUUCAAGACCGACAUGACCAAAAUCCCGCUAUCCUCCGGAGAUUAUUUUUGCAAUCGUGACUUCAGCGGUAGAUUACCCAGCAUUCAUAGCAAAGCUGAAGAGGACUUUGUCAGGGCGGAGGCCAAGAAGGUCUUUGGGAGCAACGCCCUCGUGUGGUUGGGUCUGGACCGUGCUAAGAAUGGAAGGAAUCGCUGGAUGGACCGCACCCUCCUGGAUUACGUCAACUGGAUGGACGGCGAGCCAGACGGUGACGAUGACGACAAUGUCUGCACUGGACUCAAUGUUGAGGGAGGCUGGAUGGAUACUGAUUGUACUGUCGCAGCCAACUACAUAUGCAAAUCACCCAAAUUUUUGAAGCCUCCAACAACUGGCACCAGUGGAGCUGCCCAAUUAUCUAUCUCUGGACUAACUGUUCUUCUUUUGCUUGCUGUUUCUACCAUCUGGAACAUCAGACGUUAGAGGAGGUUCCCCGUCUCCUUCAAGCCUCAACACAUGACUCAAUUAAUAAGAGCCAGACUCCACAAAGUAAAAGGAAAACACACAUAUUCCAUAUCACCUUUCACAGUCUCUACGUCCUGUGUUUCAUUUUUGUAACUUUUAUUUAUGAUGAAAUCUUUAUAGAUUAAAACGGAUUAGGACAUAAUUUGAUCCAUUGAUCGUGGAUUUCUUACCAUAGAACUGUUGUUUAUAGGGCACCGUAAGAGCAGAAUUUCGUGGUAAGCAGACGUUUUGCUGGUGCGUGUGCCUACUCCACAUUAAAGGAACACGUUGCCUUGGAUCGGACGAGUUGGUCUAUAUAAAGCGUUUGUAACCAUUUAAAAAAAAAAUGCAUAUGGUUGGAAAGAUGUUUUAAAAGUAAAAUACAAUGAUCCACACAAGUUUUCCACGAAAUUGCGUGGGUAUCCUUUUACUGUACAAACUAACACGUUCGGCCAUUUAUGGGAGUCAAAAAGUGUACUCCCAUAAAUGGCUGACCGUGUUAGUCGACGAGGUA